AUGGCACUGCCUGGAGCCGAGGGCACGGCAGACACGCCACGGUCCCCAGCCCGGGGCGACUCGGGGUGCUCCUCCUCCGGGAUGUGGGCCGCACUUUACGACUAUGAUGCUCGCGGCGAGGACGAGCUGAGCCUGAGGCGCGGCCAGCUGGUGGAGGUGCUGUCCCAGGACGCCGCGGUGUCAGGCGACGAGGGCUGGUGGGCCGGCCAAGUGCAGAGACGCCUGGGUAUCUUUCCCGCCAGCUACGUGGCGCCGUGUGGCCCGGUGCCGCCGCCUGCGCCGCCCCUGCCGCAGCCCUGCUCACCAGUGCAUGUGGACUUCGAGCGCCUGGAGCUCAAGGAGCUGAUCGGCGCCGGCGGCUUUGGCCAAGUGUACCGCGCCACUUGGCAGGGCCAGGAGGUGGCGGUGAAGGCGGCACGCCGGGACCCUGAGCAGGACGCGGCGGCGGCAGCCGAGAGCGUACGGCGCGAGGCGCGGCUCUUCGCCAUGCUGCGGCACCCCAACAUCAUCCAGCUGCGGGGUGUGUGCCUACAGCAGCCGCACCUCUGCCUGGUGCUGGAGUUCGCGCGCGGCGGGGCACUCAACCGCGCGCUGGCAGCCGCCGCACCAGAUCCCCGAGCUCCAGGCCCGCGCCGCGCACGCCGCAUCCCCCCGCACGUGCUGGUCAACUGGGCGGUGCAGAUCGCCCGCGGUAUGCUCUACCUGCACGAGGAGGCUGUGGUGCCUAUUUUGCACCGUGACCUCAAGUCCAGCAACAUUUUGCUGCUGGAGAAGAUCGAACAUGAUGACAUUUGCAACAAGACACUGAAGAUCACGGACUUUGGGCUGGCGAGGGAGUGGCACAGGACCACCAGGAUGAGUGCCGCAGGGACCUACGCCUGGAUGGCUCCUGAGGUCAUCAGGUCCUCCCUGUUCUCCAAGGGCAGUGACAUCUGGAGCUAUGGGGUGCUGCUAUGGGAGCUGCUCACAGGCGAGGUCCCUUACCGUGGCAUCGAUGGACUGGCUGUGGCAUACGGGGUGGCCGUCAACAAGCUCACACUGCCCAUCCCAUCCACCUGCCCUGAGCCAUUUGCAAAGCUCAUGAAAGAAUGCUGGGAACAAGACCCUCAUAUCCGCCCUUCGUUUGCCUUAAUUCUUCAGCAGCUGACUGCCAUUGAAGGGGCGGUGGCGACUGAGAUGCCCCAGGAGUCCUUCCAUUCCAUGCAGGAAGACUGGAAACUGGAGAUUCAGCAAAUGUUCAAUGAGCUUCGAACCAAGGAGAAGAUGGUGAAUCCUCCCCACACUCCGGCUGCUUAUCGCUGCUGUCUGACCCAGGGUCCCCUGUGUGCACCUGGCACUGCAGGCCCUCAGAGAAGCCUUGUCCUCAUUAACCAUUAA